GCGGAGCGGACGUCGGGCACAGGAAGCGCCGGGAGGCCCGAGCUGUCCCAGGGUGCCCUGCGCGGCGUGGACUCGGGCCGCUGCCGCCAUCCCGCUGGCGAGAGGGAGAGACAGGCCCGCCCGUUCGCCGGCCGGGCCAGUGCGUGAGGGCGCGGGGGGUCGUGUCAGCGAGACGCAGAGCGCAGCCGCCACCGCCAAACGGACAUGUUGAAGCCCAGCGCCGCCGCCGCCUCCUUUUCCUCAUCCUGCGAACGGGACUGAGAGGGGGCCCGCCACCUCUCCGCCUCUGCCUCGGCCUCCCGCCUCGCCGCUUCGGCCGCAGCCUCUUCCUGCCCGGGCCUCGGGCUCCGCCGCGCGUCGCCUCCCACCGCCACCAGGCCCGGCCGGUUUCCCGGCCUCGCUCCGCCGCGGCGCGAGGUCUAUGUGACCGGCGGGCCCGGAGCAGCCGCCGCCGCCGCAGCGCGAACAUGGACGCCGUCAACGCCUUCAACCAGGAGCUCUUUUCACUUAUGGAUAUGAAACCUCCCAUCUCUAGAGCCAAGAUGAUUCUCAUCACUAAAGCUGCUAUUAAAGCUAUUAAGCUUUAUAAGCAUGUAGUUCAAAUAGUAGAAAAGUUCAUCAAAAAGUGUAAACCAGAAUACAAGGUUCCGGGAUUAUAUGUAAUUGACUCAAUUGUGCGACAGUCUCGUCAUCAGUUUGGAACUGAUAAAGAUGUUUUUGGGCCAAGAUUCUCUAAAAACAUAACUGCCACAUUCCAAUAUUUAUAUCUUUGUCCAUCCGAAGAUAAGAGUAAAAUAGUUCGUGUGCUGAACCUUUGGCAAAAAAAUGGAGUGUUCAAAAUUGAAAUCAUUCAACCUCUUUUGGACAUGGCAGCAGGAACCAGUAAUGCGGCCCCAGUAGCAGAAAAUGUUACCAAUAAUGAAGGAUCACCUCCACCUCCAGUAAAAGUUUCUUCUGAACCACCCCAACAAGCCACUCCAAACUCUGUCCCAACUGUACCACAGUUGCCCAGCUCUGAUGCGUUUGCUGCUGUGGCUCAGCUGUUUCAGACAACUCAAGGCCAACAGCUUCAGCAGAUCCUUCAGACUUUUCAGCAGCCUCCAAAACCACAGUCUCCUGCCCUUGACAAUGCUGUGAUGGCUCAGGUUCAGGCUAUUACAGCUCAGUUAAAGACAACUCCUACACAACCAUCUGAACAAAAAGCUGCUUUCCCCCCACCUGAACAGAAAACUGCAUUUGACAAGAAGUUGCUUGAUAGAUUUGACUACGAUGAUGAGCCAGAAGCUGUGGAAGAAUCAAAGAAAGAGGAUACCACUGCCGUCACCACGACAGCACCUGCUGCUACUGUGCCCCCUGCUCCUACCGCCACUGUGCCUGCUGCUGCUGCACCCACUGCUGCCUCUCCUCCUCCUCCACAGGCACCAUUUGGCUUUCCUGGAGAUGGCAUGCAGCAGCCAGCAUACACACAGCAUCAAAAUAUGGAUCAGUUUCAGCCACGAAUGAUGGGAAUACAACAGGAUCCCAUGCACCAUCAGGUUCCACUUCCUCCUAAUGGACAAAUGCCAGGAUUUGGACUUCUUCCCACACCUCCAUUUCCUCCCAUGGCUCAGCCUGUGAUUCCUCCAACUCCACCAGUGCAGCAACCUUUCCAAGCUUCUUUUCAGGCACAAAAUGAACCACUUACACAGAAGCCACAUCAGCAGGAAAUGGAAGUAGAACAACCUUGUAUUCAAGAGGUUAAGCGACAUAUGUCUGAUAAUAGAAAGUCAAGAUCUAGGUCAGCAUCCAGGUCACCAAAAAGGAGGCGAUCUAGAUCUGGUUCUAGAUCUCGAAGGUCUCGUCAUCGACGUUCUCGGUCUCGGUCCAGGGAUAGACGCCGACAUUCUCCCCGAUCUCGAUCCCAAGAAAGACGGGAUCGAGAAAAAGAGAGAGAACGUCGACAAAAAGGCCUCCCUCAAGUCAAACCAGAAACUGCAAGUGUUUGCAGUACUACACUCUGGGUGGGGCAACUGGACAAAAGAACUACUCAGCAGGAUGUUGCCAGUCUCUUGGAAGAGUUUGGUCCAAUUGAAUCAAUUAACAUGAUUCCUCCCAGGGGUUGUGCCUAUAUUGUUAUGGUUCAUAGGCAAGAUGCCUAUCGUGCCCUGCAGAAGCUGAGCCGAGGAAACUAUAAAGUGAACCAGAAAUCCAUAAAGAUUGCCUGGGCCUUAAACAAAGGAAUAAAGGCAGAUUAUAAGCAGUAUUGGGAUGUCGAACUUGGUGUUACUUAUAUUCCAUGGGACAAAGUCAAGCCUGAGGAACUGGAGAGUUUUUGUGAAGGAGGAAUGUUGGACAGUGACACACUUAACCCAGAUUGGAAAGGAAUUCCUAAGAAGCCUGAAAAUGAAGUUGCUCAAAAUGGAGGUGCUGAAACCUCACACACAGAACCAGUAUCACCCAUACCUAAACCAUUACCCGUGCCUGUCCCUCCUAUUCCUGUUCCUGCACCUAUAACAGUGCCACCUCCACAGGUCCCACCACAUCAACCGGGUCCACCUGUAGUUGGUGCUCUCCAACCACCUGCUUUCACACCUCCUCUGGGAAUUCCACCUCCAGGCUUUGGUCCUGGUGUUCCUCCUCCCCCUCCUCCUCCACCGUUUUUGCGCCCAGGAUUCAACCCAAUGCAUUUACCACCAGGUUUUCUUCCUCCUGGACCCCCACCUCCUAUAACUCCACCAGUAUCCAUUCCUCCUCCUCACACUCCACCAAUAAGCAUCCCAAACUCUACUAUCGCUGGUAUAAAUGAAGACACUACAAAAGACUUAUCUAUUGGAAAUCCCAUUCCAACAGUGGUGUCUGGGGCUAGAGGAAACGCCGAGUCUGGUGACAGUGUGAAAAUGUAUGGCUCUGCUGUGCCACCUGCUGCACCUACGAAUCUGCCUACCCCUCCUGUAACCCAGCCUGUUUCACUUCUUGGCACUCAAGGAGUUGCCCCGGGUCCUGUAAUCGGACUCCAGGCACCAUCUACUGGUCUUCUUGGCGCCCGGCCCGGCCUCAUCCCGCUCCAGCGCCCUCCGGGAAUGCCUCCACCUCACUUACAGCGGUUCCCUCUGAUGCCGCCCCGUCCCCUGCCGCCGCACAUGAUGCACAGAGGCCCACCGCCAGGACCAGCGGGCUUUGCGAUGCCUCCGCCUCACGGAAUGAAAGGUCCCUUCCCACCGCAUGGCCCCUUUGUUAGGCCUGGUGGAAUGCCAGGGCUCGGGGGCCCAGGGCCAGGCCCAGGGGGCCCUGAAGACAGAGACGGAAGGCAACAACCGCCGCAACAGCAACAGCAACCACAGCCGCAGCCGCCCCAGCAACAGCAGCAACAGCAGCAGCAGCAGCCGCCACCAUCACAACAGCCUCCACCAUCACAGCAGCCGCCGCAGCAGUUUAGAAAUGAUAACAGGCAGCAAUUCAAUUCAGGUAGAGACCAAGAAAGGUUUGGAAGAAGAUCUUUCGGAAAUCGGGUGGAAAAUGACCGGGAACGGUAUGGGAACCGUAAUGAUGAUAGAGAUAAUAGUAACCGUGACAGGAGAGAGUGGGGAAGGAGGAGCCCUGACCGGGACAGGCACAGAGACUUGGAAGACAGAAAUAGACGCUCUAGUGGGCAUCGAGACAGAGAGAGAGAUUCUAGAGAUAGAGAGUCUCGUAGAGAGAAGGAAGAGACCCGAGGAAAGGAAAAGCCUGAGGUAACAGACAGGUCAGGUGGUAACAAAACCAUUGAACCUCCCAUUAGCCAAGUGGGAAAUGUAGACACUGCUUCAGAACUGGAGAAAGGGGAGUCUGAGGCCGCAGUCCUAAAGCCUUCUGAAGAGUUACCUGCUGAGGCUACCUCAUCCGUUGAACCCGAAAAGGAUUCUGGCUCAGCAGCAGAGGCUCCUCGUUAGAGACUGGAAUUUGUGAAAAUGUGACAGUGACACUUCCUGGAGUGUAGAGCUUGAGGUGUACAGAUGCUGUAUUAUAUCUGCUCCCGCUGUACUGCAGCCCCGCGCCAGCUGGUGGGGAUCUGUAAGCAAUUUGAUUGCUUCCCUUCUAUUUAAAAAUAGCCACAAAAUAACAAAAAAUACUGAAAAUAUGAAUAAAUAUUACCCUUUUUGCUGUAACUUUUUAAAAGUUUUGACUUUAAAAAGUUUACAAAUCGUAAUUAGAAGUGCUCUCUAUUUUUUUUUUUUUUUUUUUUUAAUUUAAGACAAGGUAACGGUGAAAGCUCCUCAAAACAAUAGGGAUGUUUUUAAUAAACUCUAUUUUCGUAACAAA